UUAUCUUUUCAAAAAAAAAAAAACAAAAAACAAAAAUAAAACCGUCCCCGGGUUUCCCCCCCACGCACACGCGCUCCGCUCCGAUGGCCGCGCUCUCCUGCGCCUGCGGCGGCGCGCGGCCGCCGCUCCCUCUCCCUAGCCGUCCGUACGCCGCGGUGCGGCGGUCGCCGCCGCCGGCGAGCGUGCCGUGGGCCGGCCGUCGCCAGCGCGCGGCGGCGAGAGCGCCGGCGGGCGGCGGCGCGGAUGAGCGGACUCCGAGGAGGGGGUGGGCGGCGGCGGCGUGCUCGGCGUCGUCGCCGUUCCCGAGCCUCGGGAGGGUCGGGUGGCACCGCCGGGAGGGGAACGCCUCGCUCCUCUCCUUCGGCGGCGGAGGGCGCGCGGCGGCGGCGGCGGCGGCGGCGGCGGGGGAGGACGCGGCGGCGCAGGCGCUCUCGGGGCUGCUCCCCUUCGUCGUCGCCGCCACCGCCGUCGCCGCCCUCGCGAACCCCGCCACGUUCUCCUGGGUUUCAAAAGAGUAUUAUGCCCCUGCCCUGGGAGGAAUCAUGCUUUCUAUAGGAAUCAAACUAUCUGUUGAUGAUUUUGCCCUUGCUUUCAAGAGACCUUUGCCGCUCUCUGUUGGGUUUCUCGCACAAUACAUGCUUAAGCCACUUUUGGGCUUUCUGAUAGCAAAAGCUUUUAGGAUUCCGCCUACGUUCUAUGCUGGUUUCGUUCUUACCUGUUGUGUUGCGGGUGCACAGCUCUCAAGCUAUGCUAGUUUCUUGAGCAAAGGGGACGUGGCCUUGAGUAUUUUAUUAACCAGCUGCUCAACGAUAUCUUCGGUCAUUGUUACACCUCUACUUACGGGGCUUCUAAUUGGCUCUGUGGUUCCGGUUGAUGGAGUUGCUAUGUCCAAGUCAAUUUUGCAGGUAGUUCUAGUUCCAAUAUCGCUGGGGCUUCUCCUCAACACUUACGCAAAAGCUGUGGUGAAUGUCGUGCAGCCCAUAAUGCCGUUUGUUGCUAUGUUUUGCACUUCGCUGUGCAUCGGAAGCCCUCUUGCAAUUAACCGUAGUAAAAUCCUUUCUUCGGAGGGCUUCCUACUGCUCGUCCCCAUAUUGACUUUCCACAUUGUCGCUUUCAUGUUGGGUUACUGGUUUUCCAAGUUGCCAUUCUUGAGGCAAGAUGAGCCGGUGUGUCGGACCAUUUCGCUCUGCACGGGGAUGCAGAGCUCGACCCUAGCAGGCCUCCUUGCCACACAGUUCCUCGGCAGCAGCCACGCCGUACCCGCUGCCUGCUCUGUCGUCGUCAUGGCCAUAAUGGGUUUAUGCCUCGCCUCUUUCUGGGGCAGUGGUUCGCGCAUCAGAGACUUUCCAGUUCUCUCAUUUCGUCAAACUUAAAGACGGCCUUAUAACAUGCUAUAGAUAUUCUACAGUAGAAGUGGGUGGAAAAAAAUAUGUUGUAAGACCUGCUCUCACUGUACAGCAGAAGCUGGGGGUGUUAGUAGGAUAUUGAAGUCGAUAUCGUCACAGUUUUGAAUUCGAGAGAGAAGAGCCAUGUAGGUUCAGCAUUCGCACCUCGACAAGGUACGUGUUCUGUAUAUACUUGUUAUUGUUUAGGUUAAAAUAAAAGAGGUGCUUUACAUCUAGCGCGAGUUCCUUCCA